AUGUUCACUCAUUCUUACCCACCUUCUUCUUCUCAUCACUCUCCCGCCACGCCUCGUUCCUCUCUCAGCACUCGACGAUCAUCCCUGCGGAAGUCAAAGAUGACGCCUCAACCUCAAAAGUUUGCCCUGAUUACAGGGUGUGGCGCCGGUGGCAUCGGAGAGGCUCUCAUCCUCGAGUACCAGCGCCGUGGCAUCCAUCCUAUCGCCACUCUUCUGCCCUUCGAGUCGAGCGAGCAUCUCGACAAAGCCGGAAUCACUUGGUUUAAGCUGGAUGUUACCAAUGAGGAGUCUGUGAUUCAAGCAAAGAAAGAUGUUUCUGAGCUGACCAAGGGGCGUCUGGACUUUCUGGUUAACAAUGCCGGCAUUUGCUACACCAUGACAGCCAUUGAUACGGAUGUAAAGUCUGUUCAACGCAUGUUUGAUGUCAAUCUUUUUGGUCCUAUGCGGAUGGUUCACCAUUUCCAUGAUAUGCUGAUUGCUUCUUCUGGGAUCAUCGUCAACAUUGGCUCCAUUGGUGGCAUUGUGCCUUUUGUCUAUGGCUCAUCAUACAACGCCUCCAAGGCAGCUCUAGCGCACUGGGGCAACAGCUUGCGUGUAGAGCUGGCACCGCUUGGCGUCAGAGUUUUAGUCAUCAUAUCCGGUGAAGUCGGCACCAACAUCCUCAAGAAUGAUCACGGAAGGGCCCUACCGGAAGGGUCAUACUACUCGCCAAUGGCUGAAGAGUUCAAAAACCACGUCCACAGGACGCCCGACGCUGCCACCGAUCGCUUUGUCUACGCCAAGAAUGUCGUCGGCGAGUCUCUCAAGAAGUCUCCCACCACAUGGUUUUGGACUGGAAGUUAUUCGGGUGUCAUCCGCUUCAUGCAUACCUUCUUUCCCAAGACGAUAUUUGACCGCUGGUUCUCAAGCAUGUUCAACCUGGCUAAGUUGAAGGAAGCUCACGAUGCGGCGACGAAGAAAAAGGUGGCUUGA